GCGUUGUCAUUUUUCUUUUUUUGUUACGCACACUCAAGGACUCAACUCCGGAGAAGAGUCCAGACGAAGAAGGCGGGAUCAAGUAUCAACCCGGAAGGAGUGAACCUGGAAGUGAAAGUGGUCCGGUGGUUGUCGGGCUGAAAUGUAGUGGAUCACAGAGGGUUCCGACCUCACUCUUUUCCCCCAUGGUGCCUCGCUAUGGGAUCGCUCCUUAUGCCGACUUACACAGUGAGGCUUACACGUGCUGCUCUGGUGCGGGGUCAGUGCCACUUCUGACUUGCCGACGCUGAGAGCUGUUCCUAGAGUAUCAAAGUAAUCCCUUUACCUUGCUGUGUGAUGGGGAAGACUUGCUGUCCUCAGAUGCUGAGAUGAAUCGUCACCUGUAUGUUUGGCUUUUUAGACAUCCAUCUCUUAAUGGUCACCGCCAGUGCCACGUCCCUCCCCAUUCUCAUCAGUUUACACAGAUACAUCUUGAUACAAGGCUGUGGGUUUUUAGACGAAACAGGAGUCACACUGUCCAUCAUCUGUUAAAUAAGAAUUGGUCCAGGAGAUAUUGUCAUCAAGAUACUAGGAUGCUUUGGAAGCAUAAAGCACUACAGAAAUACAUGGAGGACCUGAGUAAGGAGUACCAAACACUUGAUCAUUGUCUACAGCGUAUCUCUGUGAGUGAAGGGGACCGAAGGUCCUUGAAUCGACGGCAUGCUGAGCUGGCACCACUUGCGGCCAUUUGCAAAGAAAUCCAGGAGGCUGAACAAGCCAUUGAAGAAUUAGAAUCAAUGUGUAAAAGUUUAAAUAAGCAAGAUGAAAAGCAGUUAAAAGAACUUGCAUUAGAAGAGAGGCAAACCAUUGCUCAGAAAAUCAACGUGUUAUACAGUGAGCUUUUCCAGAGUCUAGUGCCAAAGGAGAAAUGUGACAAAAAUGAUGUUAUUUUAGAGGUGACAUCUGGAAGAACUACUGGAGGUGAUAUCUGCCAACAGUUUACCCGGGAAAUAUUUGAUAUGUACCAGAAUUAUUCAAGCUACAAACACUGGACAUUUGAACUUCUGAAUUAUACACCAGCUGAUUAUGGCGGGCUACAUCAUGCAGCUGCCCGAAUUUCCGGUGACAGUGUCUAUAAGCAUUUGAAGUACGAAGGUGGGAUUCACCGAGUUCAGCGAAUCCCUGAGGUGGGCCUGUCGUCAAGGAUGCAACGUAUUCACACGGGAACGAUGUCCGUCAUUGUCCUCCCACAGCCAGAUGAGGUAGAUGUGAAAGUGGACCCGAAGGAUUUGCGAAUAGAUACAUUUCGAGCCAAAGGAGCGGGAGGGCAGCAUGUUAACACAACUGACAGUGCUGUCAGGCUUGUCCAUGUCCCCACAGGACUUGUAGUAGAAUGCCAACAAGAACGAUCACAGAUAAAAAAUAAGGAAAUAGCUUUGCGUGUGUUGAGAGCUAGACUCUACCAGCAGAUUAUUGAGAAAGACAGGUGUCAACAACAAAGUGCCAGAAAACUGCAGGUGGGAACAAGAGCCCAGUCAGAGCGAAUUCGGACAUAUAAUUUCACCCAGGAUAGAGUCACUGACCACAGGAUAGCAUAUGAAGUUCGUAAUAUUAAGGAAUUUUUGUGUGGGGAGAAGUGCCUGGAUCAGUUAAUACAGAGACUGCUUCAAUCAGCGGAUGAAGAAGCUGUUACUGAAUUUUUGGAUGAAAACCUUAAGUCAGCAAAAUAAAUCCUGAUUUGUUAUUUAUUAUAUAAAUAAAAUGGACCUAUGUCAAGAAGCAGACAGAGGCAUGGAAAUCCUUAUGGAAGUUCAUGAAGUGCAGCUAAAAAUACACGGUACUCACAAAUAUAUUUUUUAGUGAAUCAAGUCACAUUUCUUGACCUUCUAUUUUAGGUUUCUGGUAAAGUACAAUUUAACUCUUCAAGUCGAAGUGAAACAUGCAUCAUUGAAAGGAGAAAGUAUUGAGAAUUGAUUAUGUGCUUUAGGACAGGUCACUUGUUCUCUUCAUAUGCCUUUUUUAACCAUCUAUAAAUUACCCACAUUUUUCAUCUUCUACUUCAGGGCUUUCCCCAUGGUAAAAUUUAGUGGUAUAGAUGUAUAAACUUCUUUGUAAACUCCUAUUUAAAGACAAAGUACUGUUAAUCAUGUUAAAGUUAGGACUAAAGCUGCUACUUUUAAAUAAAAAAAUAAAUAAAAGUUGUGGAAAAUGUGAGUCAAUAACCAUGAGCAUCUCUAGGAUGCAGAUUGUAGAGUUCUUUGAGAGCUGAAUGAAUUCUGCUCUCAAGUCAAUAUUUAAAGUAGACUCUGCUUGACUUCUAUUUCUUACUGUUCUUUGACUUAAUAAGCAUCAAUAGAUGUGGUAUAAUAUGAGGAAUUCAUGUGGUUGCUUUUGUGCAGUGAUAUAUAAAACCUAGUCCUUACCUUACAGAGCCCCCAGCUGAGGGGGAGCCAAAAUGAAAGUCAACAACUCUAAUUCAAAGUGGCAUGUUGUGCUUAGUAAUUUUUCUCAGGAAGUUUCUUGAGUAAAAAAGAGGGUGGUUAUUAGAGGAACUAUAUACCAGUGGAGACUAGCUAAAAUAGUUUUAAGACCAAUCGAGUCAUUUGGAGGUAAAGAUGAGAGAGAAAGUUUUUCCCCAAUUUGCAUUUUGAAAUUUUUCAAGCACACAGAAAAGUUUUUUUAAAUAAUAUUUAGG